UCUGAGCUGAAGAAGGCAAUUGCUGACAUUCCACAAAACACACCGAACGAAUCUGAAGGAUUGAUUCGAAAGUUAUAUAGUCAAAUAUUGAAUUUAACAGAAGAAGAGGUAAAAGAACAACUCCUGUAUGAUCUGAAAGCUGUCGCUUCCCGAGGUCUGCAAGAAGAGCUUAAAAAGUUGAUUCAGCGUAGAGGUUUGCAGCUGGAAGCAAUUCAUCUCGUGGUGAAUUACCUAACCAAUAUCCCAGAACUUGCAGAAUACCUAAAUGAAAACUCCAGCCAACCAGAAGUGCUACGUGACGCUGGGUUGGAGAUGAUAAAUAAAAGACUCGGACCAUAUCUUGAAGUAGUCGGCGGACUCAAAGCUAAAGGUAUCGAUGUUUCAAAAGGAUGGGCGAAAAACCUUCGCGAAAGAGCUCCUUCCUUCCAGGAACUUACAAGACUGAGUUUGCAAGAGCUAGAAAAAUGUUGCCAAGGAGCUGAUGAAGGAGAAAUUGAUGAGGUUUACAGACUGGUAGAAAAGGCUGAAUCCCAGAAAAACCAGCUCGCUGCUAUCCAACAAAACGAGAAACUCAUUCAGGAAAAUGAAAAUACAAAAGCUGUGGACGAAGAGAAGCUGAAAAAGGCUAAAGAAUUGAUGAGUGAGGCCAAAGCUAUGGCAAGUGAUUCAUCUGAGUCAUCAAGGAAAGCCGUUAAUGAAAAACUAAGUAAGAUCAUUAACACCCUUGAGCUUCCGGCGGAUUGGUUUAAGCAAGAUGAAGUAAAAACAGAUCAAUUAUUUGAGCAACUGAAUCAAAUCAUUGUAGAGCACAGCAAUAUUGUGGAAUCCGCUGACUCCUACAAGAGUGAAGUGGAAAUCAUCACCAGGGCCAGCGCUGGAAAAGCCCUGUGUGGGAUUUAUCAUUCCGAAUACAAACCACCAAAGCCAGCAGGAAGACCAUUGCUUCUAGUUCCAACAAAUGUCAAAUUAACCAACCCUAACAGUGCUCAGGAGACAAAUUAUUUGAAAUUCUCAGGAAAAGCGACAGCUUCAGAAUACGUGCGAACAGUGGAGUCGUCAAGCACAAACAUUGGCAUGGGCGUGGCUGGUUUCUAUGGCUUGUUCGUCGGGGAGGUGCAAGAAGGAUAUGGCGAUAAGCGGAUUAGCCAAGCAGACCAGUCUCUAAAAUUAUCAACCACCAGUGCAUCCGUCCUGCAGUACGUUCGCACCGCCAAGAACACAUUCCAACUCGAGCGGGACCAAAUCAACAUUUCCUUGACAGCCAAAAAAAGUGCUAAGAUGAUAACCCAGGAUGCGAAAGGCAAUGCAUCAAAGCGUGAAAAAUCAGCUCGUAUCUUCAUGGACCGAUACGGAAGCCAUUUUCCUGCGGGUGUCCAGACUCUUGGCGGCGUGUUUUUCAGCAUUGCUGAUGCCGAAAGCAAAAGCGCCAUGGAUACAUACAAGCUGACAGAGGCCGCCGUGGAUCAUCUGAAUGCUCAAAUUUCUUUCGGCUUCCUCGGUGGAGCAUUCGGUAUUGGCGCAAGUGGCACUGGUGAGUACACCACUGGUACAGGAAAAACUCACGCCAAACACGAAACUGGCCACAAUGAAAUAUUCACCUUUUCCGUGAAGUCCAUGGGUCCGCUAGCAACAAACCCGUCUACUUUUGAGAAAUUACUUUCAUACAACUCCACCUGGGCGUUGAUUGAUCGAGGCAGUUUCGAAGGCUAUAUACCAGUUUGGGAGUUAAUCAGAGAUCUUGGAAAGGACUUUGAGGAAGCAGCGGUAGUCCUGGAAGAGACGUGGUGCAAAGACGAAAACGCCAGGAAGAAAGAGUGGGAGGCGAAACAGAAAAAGACCAGCGAUUUGCAGAGAGAAAAGAAUAUGUUAGCAAAAGCAGAAGAAGAGUUAAAGAGAAUCAAGGAGGAACAACUUAAAUGGGUGAGUCAAGUUCAGUUGAUAGCGAAUUUCGUAAUGUUAAUCUCCCCUAAUUUGGUUCCUCAAAUUUCGCUUCAACUUGUGGUGGCUCGCCUGUCCGGGUUGCAGGUUUAGACAUUUGAUAGUCCUGUUAACAUACAUCUUUUACCAUCUGAUUAUAUCCUGCAGACUAAACGUGGGAUUUAAUGUGCAAUCAUGUGUUCAUUCUUUUUUUUUUGCCCGACCGACCGACCCACCUUCACGAGAGGGAGGGUGAUGGGAAACGAAACAUUUUAUUUGGAUGGCCUUAGGUACAUGUGAAAAUCGACGAUUGAGCUGGGUAAUAAUAACAGUGUCCAGUAUUACUAAAAAUACCGGUAGGAAUUCUGGAUAUUUUUCAACUCAAUACAUUUCAUAAUUGUCAUAACCAAAUCUAUGAUUUAUUAUGAUAAUCGUUUGUUGCCUCUAGUAUUUGUAAUAAGUGCUCAAUUACUAUAAUGGCACUGGAACAGCAAGCAAUUAUCGAUCACACUCUUGUCGUACUAAUCUUAAGCAAUUAACAAUUCUCUACCAAGGUCCGAAAAUUUGGAACUCUCUCCCAGCACCAAUUACCGAUUCAUUAAGCCUUUCUGGCUUUAAGAAAAAGAUGUUAGAUUUUUUACUUCGGCGGAGCGCGAAGUAAAGGUUUCGCGACGCUCAGGAAUGUAUCAAAGUUACAAUUUUUUGACAAGAUUGGGCAUGCAAAGUCUGUAGGUUUCGGUUUUAUUCGGCUAUUUGACGAAGUGAGAGCCGAAUUAAUUCGAGAUAUCUCGAGAUCACUUCGAUUUCUUUGAUUCAUUCUUUAACUUUUUCGUGGAAGAAAGAAUUAUUAUUUUGGCUUUCCCAGGGUUUGAACCGACUCACCUGUGUGACCCUCAGAUCAGAGGAGACUCUAAGUUGAGGGAUUAGCCCAUUGCGCUACUGCGACCCAAGCUAGUUUGGGAUAUGAAAAAUAAUUAUGAAAUGAUGAACUAGUUUCGGGACAAGAUUGGGCGUGCAAGUUCGUGACUUUUCGGCUUGUUUCAACUAUUUCACGAAAUGAGACCGGACUACUUCGUGAUAUCUUGAGAUCACGUCGAGUUUAGUCUUUCAUUACUCGAGGAAUAAAUAGAGGAUAUUUCGUGGCCGCGCAGAGACACGAAAGUUCUCUUCGAAUGUUGAAAAACAUUUCACGAGUGAGCCCUCCUUUCGAACUGUUUUAUGAUGAAUUUAAAGUUACAAAAUGCUGCAAAAAGACAUUUUUUCUUUUUUGAGUGUUACGUAGUAAAAUUGCUUUCAUGCGUUGCGUGACUUUCUCGAACGUUCUCUACGUUUUUGGAUUAGCCAUGAAUAAUUAAUUACGGCAUGUUUACAUUUCAGCAUGAGUCAGCAGAUUUGCAUCAGUUACUGAAAUCAUAAAAUACCGUAUGUCGAAAAGCUACUACUAUUCGCCAGCUGUUUAGUAUUUUCUAGAACCUUAUGUCAAACGGUAUACAAGUUCCAAGCGAGUUCUUUUGAAGAACUAAGUUUUUUCCCACGAGCUGGACUGCUGUGUUUAGUCAAGUAUGACGAAGGUCGAUUUUCAGGUAUUGUGUUUACAAGUUCGCGGAAGUCGUAAGAUGAUAUCUGAAGUUCAAGUAAGAGUUUGUUAUUAUUGGUAGAGGCUGUUUAGUUUUACUCAAUGUUCAAGUCAAGUUUGUGUUGGUGGGUGCUGUGUUUUAAAGCUCUGUAAAGGCUAUGUUCCUUUGGUGUUAAACUUCCUUGUGUUAAUCCGACAUCCCUGCGUGCUGAUAGUCAGUGAAUAAUUAUCCUCAAAACAUUCGAACUCGUGACUUUGAGUUUUAGCCAAUUCCAUGCUCAACGUAAUUGACUCCUUACCCAUGCCUUACAUAUCUUUAAUCAGUACAUGAGACUGCUAUGCUGUUUUGCAAGCCUGAUGUGACUAAGAAAAAUAAAGAAUUGUUUUUUUAGAAGGAUUUGUAUGGAGUCAUCAGAGCAUAACUGGGCUAACAUCUCGGAGACAAUUUGUCCCGAAAUGCUAGUUUUUGGCAAGUAGGCCUCUUGGAUGUUGCUCUUUUCAGAAUAUCCUGACAAAUCCCACAAUUUCACAAAUUAACACCUUACUCUUAACAUAUUUGAUUUCUUACUAUUCCUCCGCAUUUACAAUUAAUUAGUUCCACAACCACGACGUCGAAGUGUACGCUCCGUAGCGUCUUGUUACUAAAAUAACCCUGCAUUGGUUAAGCCGCACACGCGCAGCACUUAUGUUAUCUGCAGAUGUUGGUGGUUUCUUGAAGUCUCAUCACCAAAACUAAUCUAGCUGUAAAUGAUGAUAAUGACGAUGCUCAAGUUUAGUCAUUUUUUCAAGAUGGAAGAGAAAAAUAGCCAAUCGAAAUUAAAAUAGGGAGCUUUCAAUACAACUCUGCGUAUAUAAUAUAUAACGAAUCUAUUGCGGCUAAUACAGGAAAAUGUCAGAACAAAUUGGCUUUUCAGGUCAGAUCAGUGAUCUUAUGAACGCUUUUCCUGCUGAACCUUGCCCCAUAAAAAAAAAUUAUUUCCCUAAAUUUUGUACUUUUGGCUGAGGGGUGUAUACUUAGCAGGCAAACUUCGGCAGAUAUUCUGUUUCUAUUGUAAGAUAGCGACACAGAAAACUGUACAUGUUCCUGUGAUAUUUUAUUGAACACCUUGCGACCUGCCCUUACGCGUAAAAAUACAUUUUUUUCGGUAGGGCGGAUACGCCUUUUAGAGUCACAAAUGGUACAAGGGAUGUAGAUUCAAACGAGUAGUUACGGGCUGUUAGCCAAACGAAUACAUGUAUACGCCAUUGCCCCGCAAAUAACACAAAAUUGGUUUUCGUAUUCUCACACCUUCACGUAUCAAAAAUGUGCAACUAAAGACAGAUUAAGACGCGCCAAUCACAUUUAGAGUCUUCAUAGCCAACAACAACGCGGCUUUAGUUAUCUGACAGACAGCAAUAACAUCGUGACUUAAUUGACCAAUGAGGUCAAUGGCCAGAUUUUAAUACCAUCAACUGGCGGAUUCAACUCUCAUUGACUCUGAAGAUGACUUCCACAUAGCUUGUAGAAACGUCAGUCACGGUUAACAACAACAGUCCUAUUCAGGACUAAGUUCACCCGGACGAUCAUACUUCACCUCCUGAAAAAUGACUCCUGGGCCGAGUUGUUCAAAGUUGGGUUAAGAUGACCCAGGUUAAGUGCGAAAUUUGAUGUCAGAUUUGAAGGCUUAAAAAGCAAAUUCAUUUUAAUUCUUUUUUCUCUACAUAUGUUGAUAAGAAGAACUGUAAAUAAUAGAGAAAAUUAUUCUAAAAAACGCUGUGGAACAAAAGAAAAAGAAACACGGGUUAAAAUUUAACCUCAGGUUAGCGCUAAUCGGCCUUCGAACAACUGGGCCCUGGGUUCAAACCGUUCAUAGAUAUAUAAGUACACGAAAUGCUUUACUUUUGUUCACAGGUUGGUCGUCUUCCAAGGGGUCAUCGUCCGACAAAUGGUAGUGUCAUCUUUGAUGCAGGUGGAAUGGAAAAAGCAGAUGUCUAUGACAAAGCAGUCGAGCUGAUCAAGAAGGACCCGCGUCACAACAUCUGUCAGAUAGGGGAACCAAUGGAAGAGCUUCCGCCUGCUUACGUCAGGUAAUAUUACUAUAUGAUACACUUAAUGUCAGGACCCGAAGGAAACGGAGAGGUGAUUACUACUUACACAACCUCUGACCUUGGUGGAGAUCUUGUGCAUAAACUUAGAACUACAAAAUUUGACAUGGUGGGAGAAAGGCCCACUACAGAGGACUACAAAGUAUGUAUCCAAAUCAGACUAAAAAGAGCACAAUAAUUACAUCACCUCAAAACACAGCCCAUGUUUUCUGAAGCUUCCUAAACGGAGUGGAGCGUAGCUUUAUUUUGCAACCUGAAUUUCCGAAAUGGUAAGUACCCCAUGUUUUCCAAGACGAGGGAAAAAAAACUAACAGAUUUCCCGAGGGACCUGACAGUGAAAUUGAGUGUUUUGUCAGUACAGAAUUCCUAGACUUUGACUUUAACGCGAAAAAGAAUUUAGAGCGAAUCAAAGCAAUGUCGGUACUUACAAGAACACAAAUGUGUUCUUGCGUUCAUUAACGAAAGGAAAAACUGGCAGUCACUGCCACUUUCCACCGUGCUUUGGUCAAGAGCUGUUGUCACGAUCGAGAAUAAGAGAUACCUAGUAGUAGUAGUAGUAGUGGUAGUGGUAGUGGUAGUGGUAGUGGUAGUGGUAGUGGUAGUGGUAGUGGUAGUGGUAGUGGUAGUGGUAGUAGUAGUAGUGGUAGUAGUAGUAGUAGUGGUAGUAGUAGUAAAACUUUAUUAAAGUGUCAGCUGUUCUAGGGCAUAAACACACUAAUUGCAUGGUGACACUGGAUAAUAAAUAAAAUAAAAUAACACAUUAAAAGAUUAAUUCAGCUAUUACAUAACUGAAAAUGUAAAUGUAAAAGGAGAUAUAAUCGAGAUCUCCGUGCUGACUCGCCUGUUAAAUUUUGGUCAGCCAUCAAGAUACUCUAUCCUAACAAGCUACGUUCUGAUCCAGGUAAAAUAUACCUGCAGUCUCGAACAGGAUGGACACGGAAUCGUUAUUUCAAAGAAGGCACAGGAAACCUUUGUGGCCGCAAAUUCCUUUUUCCUGUUCACUUAAGUAAAAAAAUAAAUAAAUAACAGAUACUCUGCAUUCUUUACUGUUUAUUUUCAACAGGGUCACGAUCUUAAUAGGAAGGAAAAAAAAAAAAGAGGCCUCAGGGCUCAUUAAGACAAUAAAAUUUCAAACGUAAGAAUCUGUCAAUAAGCCGAUGACGUUGUUGAACUUUCCGUUAAAAAAAAAUGAAGAUAAAAGGCUGACGGGGACUUCGUGUCAGAGGAAAUGCAGGUUUGUUUUAUGGUCGGAUAUCCUUACUCAAACUGAUGCCAGUGAAACAAGACUAAUAUCUUCUAGUCACAAAAUUCUUGUCUAAACGUAAAAAUAGCAUUUAGAAAGAUAUAAAAUGAGUUUCUGAAAUAAAACCAACUAAUAGUCCCACUGCGCUUUGUUCUCAUUUCAUACUACAUAAGAGUGGAACUAAGUAAAGAAUGACAAGAGGUUCAUGACUGGGGGGGAAAUGUGACAACAUCUUGACUUCGUCGGACUUUUCCACACUUCCACACCUCUGAGAAGUCUGGAACUAAGUAAAGAAUGACGAAGCGUUUGUGAAUACGGGAAAAGUGUGACAUUAUCCUUACUUUGUCGUAUUAUUCCACACUUCCACACUUCUUAGAAGUGUGGAAGUAAGUAAAGAAUAACAAAGUGUUGGUGACUGCAGGAAAAGUGUGACAUUAUCCUUACUUUUUCAGAGUUUUCCACACUUCGAAACCUCUAACAAGUUUGGAACUAAGUAAAGAAUAACAAAGUGUUUGUGACUACGGGAAAAGUGUGACAUGCACUUCUACGCCUUUCAGAAGUGUAGAACUUUGGAUGAGAGGAGAAAAAUGGGGUUCAUUCACUCUUCCACACCUCGGAGAAGUGUAGAGCUAAGGAUGAAAAGAGAAAGUAGGGAUCUUGUGGCCAGCGCUGGACAUUCGUCAUUUAAAAUACUCGUGCUAGUUCAUUAUUUAUUGGGCGCUUUAUAAGCCCUUAAAAAGAAAUAUCAAAAUUUAACGAAAUAUAAAAUUUGAUAAAAAAUCAAAGUUCUUAAAAGAUAUAAUCAGAGAAUAUUAACUAUAAAAAUGAAAUGUCAAUGUCCACAGAAAGUUUAAAAUAAGCAAUCUGAAACAAAUAGGUUUUCAGGUUAGAUUUAAAUUAAUGGUUAAUUUUUCGGCAGAUCUAAUUUCAUAGGGAACAGAAUUUCACAGUUUCGGCGCUGCAACGCUGAAUAAACGGUCUCCAAACGAAACGGUGUUUGUACUUGGCACUUUUAGUAGGGAGAUCACGUAAAAACAUUUAUCAUAUGACAGAAUCCGCGAAACGAAAAGAUGAAGCGAGUCCUGUGUUCUGAUUGGCUACCCGAGUGGGCAAGAUGGGCCCAUUUUCCUCGCUGGGAAUUUCCCGCGUUGGUCCCGCGCAAGACUGAAAAAGUUCUCUUUUGGACCAGAUGGUUGUAUAUUGGCCUCGUUCAGUUUUUUGGGGCUUUGUGGAGAAAUUUCGCCGAGGUAAAUCUUGCUUUUUCUGGGUAAUUUUCGACGGUUUUGUAUUCAUUUUAUUUCAGCACUGUUUUAUGCUCUUUCGACCGAUUUUUGUACUGUUUUCAGACAACUCUAAGGCUAUUUUCUUACAAUUUUAUACUGUUUUUGUAUUUUUGCAUCCUAUUUUUGAUAUAUUUUCAUAAUGUAUGCGUGCUAUUGCUUUUCUUCUUCUGUGGUAUUUUAAUACUAUUUUCAAAGUAUUUUUAUUGUAUUUGCAAAUACGACUAUUUUACUAAAUUUCGAAACCGAUUAAACAGCUAUUAAAAUAUAUUUUGAAACAUAACAUUUUAAUGGCGUUUUAAACAGGUUAAAACAUCUUUAAAAUCAGUUGAAAAAUAUAUUUAAAAUAUAUUUUUGUACCCAUUUUAAACCUGCUUUUUUCAAAAUACCUUUAAAAUUGCCAUUAAAAAUAGUUGUAAAAUAGUACAGCAAAUUAAAAUAUGUUUUGAAACUGUUUUUAUCCUAUUUUUCUUCCGAUUUAUAAGGUAUUUAAAAACUGCUUUAGACCUGUUUUGAGCCUUGCAAGACCCCUGGAGUUUUUUAUUUAUUUUAAAAGAAUUUAAAAUACUUUAAAAAUGCUUUUUUAAUAGCGUUUUAAACAGGUUAAAACACCUUUAAAAGCAAUAGAAAAAUACAUUAAAAAUACACUUUUCACCCUAUUUAAAACCUAUUUCACAAAACAGGUUAAAAACAGUUUUCAAAAAUAGCUUAAAAAUACAUUCAAAACAGUGUUGGAUUUGGUAAGGGAAUUGAUACGUUUAUCAAAAAUCACACCAAUGUUCUGACACAGUCUGAGGGGCUGAUAGAAUCGUUGGCAAUGAAAAUAAGGGAAAGCAACUGCCAAGGACGAAAAUGAGAGCCGAAAACGAGGAAUUUCGUCAUAUUGGGUUAUUCCAGAAAAAAUCCACACCCCCCCGACGGAUGGGAUCCUUUUUUAACCCCCCCUCUCACCUGGAUUUCCUGAAGCACAAGACCCCCCUCCCAACUGGAUUUCCAAGGUGGAAGACCCCCCCUCCCGCCUGGAUUUCCGGGAAAAAAUAAAAGGCUUAAAUUUAAUUUAUUUUUAAUGGAAAAUACACGCAAACACGUCUAAAUGUUUUUGUUUUAAUUUCUAAAGCUUCAGCUUAUAUUAAACUAAGAAUUCUAUCGCGUGGAACUAAAAACGAAAGGAGCAAAAAACAAAAAUGUGAACGACACCUGAACGAGUGUUUACAUAAUUUCUUAGCUUAUAAAAAUCACUCUCCGCUCUUCGCGCACGGGCUCUGGGUACGAGUAGAAAUGUGUCAGGCGUUUGACGCUCUUCGUGACAACAAUGUUGCGACGAGUUCCUUCAGGCCCGUUCUUUAGUAUCUUGUUCGCGUUUUCUGCUAUAAAAGGACCUGUAAAGCAACUUAGAUUAUCAUUUAUGUCAGGUGAGAAAUAUAUGAACAAAAUAUUUUGACUAUUUUCAGGGUCUGAAAGCGCUUAAGUGUCAUCGAACUAAACGUUUGAUUUGUAUCAACUAUCGGUCGAAGUGACCCCUGCAGAAGACUUUUUUAAGGUCAACCCCCCCUCUCGCCUGGAUUUCCGGAGUCUUCGACCCCCCCUCCCCCCAGAAUUUCCAGAAUCCCAUCCGUCGGGGGGGUGUGGAUUUUUUCUGGAACAACCCAUUUGAGUUUUAGUCGAAUUGAGGACAUCCAAUGGUCAGUCACUAAUGCAAGCUUCCAAUCUGAUAGUAGUCAAAUGACCAGGUAGGUUCGAAUCAAACGACAAGUAUAGAUUUUCGAGUCGUCCACUUACCUAGACUAAAAUCCUUGCUCCCAACUCCGCGUAUUGUUGGCAAGGCUGUUUCACUGGACUACUGAUCUUAUGCUGUUUCCAAUACUCCUCCAAAUCGAUCCCCAUGCAGAGCACCCAGCACGUGAUAUCGAUCCGUUCUCUUCCUCUUCUCUCAUGUGAUCGCCUGCUGAUCGCUGUCUUGUAUGCCCGUUCCCUGACAUUCUGUAAACGUGUCCAGAGAACGUCAUGAUUGUUUACCGUUUACAUUACAUGGCAAACAGGUCAGUUAAGGUUUGGGCAUGGUAAGCAAAAUUCAGGACUGGUAAAUUUCGUCCCGGAAUCGCAUUUACCAUUUGAACAAAUCAGUUCCAUUUACUGAAAAACGGCCACAGACAGGGGGUAUACAACAGAAUUUUGAACAGGGGCGCUCAGCUCCCAGGUCGAACCCCUCACCCUUUAUAUGCCACUUUUCAAAGAAAAAGUCCGCCUUCCGUGUACCUUCUAUUGACAAAUGAUACCCCUUCCACAUACUACUUUAAAGGGGUGCAUCCCUUUUAACUGCUGUAAAUGCACCGUCUUUUAAAUGAAAAUAAAUCAUUAGACCAGGAAGUUUUCUUGUCUUUUUCACAGCUACAAAAUGUGCCCGUUAGUCCUUUUAGGUCCCUUUACAGAGCGCAAUGACAGAUAUCCCUACCCUUUAAAUAAAGAUGCUUCAACUACUAAAAUCUCUACCCUUUCAUAAACCUGAAGCCUGAAAAAGAUACCCCCUUCGGGUGGAGCCUCCAAAUAAAGGCUAUUAUAGGGUAUUUCACAGUGAAACAGGGCUGUUGGUGGACUAUUUUAUUCAAGAGUUUCAACUUUGAGCUUCUAAAAGAUAUCGCCACUUUUCCUUGCUGGCCUCUAAGUCCCCAUCUGCACGAUUAUUCUUCCAAGGUAGGUGAGCCUCAGUAUAACGUUUUCUACAGGCUCUCCAUUCACCGUCAGCUGCAUAAAAGUUUAAGCCUUGUCACGCAGAGGUUUUUGGGCGAGUCGUAUCCUAAAACACCUGCGUGGAAGUUUGAUGCCCUCUUAUCUGCAUUCUUAGAGUCUUAAAAUUGGAAAAGACCGUUUACGAAAGGGAAAUUUUCGCCUUUCACGCCCACCACGAUUAACAGCGAAGAAGUGGAGAUCCAAUUAAGUUAUCUCUUAACGCCAAAUCUGAAAUUUACUUACUGCAUUCAAAAUACCUGUGACUGGACCUAAACUGAUUCCCUUAUUGAUUUGGGAAUAUCAACCUUAUGGUGGCAAGAGGGUUUGAAAAAAUGGUGUAUCUCCCCCAUGCUUGAGAAACGGUAAAAUUUACCUCAUCUGUACGCAGUUCGUUCACAGAGAAGGUGGAGAACCGUACCGACGCUUUCUUCUAAGAAAAAAUAGGAUCAACAGGUGAUUAGAUAACCCUGAACACCUGCUGAAUGUAAAACAGUAUGACUUUUCGCCACUGAUUUCAGCAAAGCUUUUGACGCUGUUUAAGGAUAAACUCCCUUAUAAUCCAUAUAUUAGCAACUGGUAUUUGAACUUGUUAAAGGAAAGAUAAGAAAGAAUAUUAAAAUUUUUAGUACUUGUAACUGUUAAGUACAAACUUAUCAAGGUAAAUAAAUAAUAAAUACGAAUAUAUACUUGGCUCUCUAAAUAUAGAGGAGUACACUCACUCAAAAAUAGACGUUCUAGUUUUUAAUACGUACAAUAGUUUUAGCAAACAAAACUCCUUUACAAUACUAUUUAAGGUGCUGUUUUAAAAGUAAAUAAACGACAAAGCCCGUGCAGUAUUUUUAGGAAGGCAAGAUCACAAUAUUCUUCAAAAGGAACUGAAUUCUAGUGCAAAGCUAGCGCUCGCCAAAAUGCCCGAAAUUCCUCUCUGCUAUAAACAGAUCAUUAUCAUAAAAUAUUUUUGUGAGAAUACACAAUGUAGAUCUUGAGAUCUUUGAUUAUUUAGAGUGGCUGACGAAAGGAAAAUUAUUAGUAAGAAAAUGUUGCGCUUGUAUUAUCACCAAUUUCCUUUUCUCUCUUCUAUAAUCUAUGGAUUUUGGUAAGUCGUUUAUGUAAAGAAGAAGCAAAAUUGGGUUUCUUAUAACGUGCUCAGGGGUAGCCUGAGCGCAGACGAAACUAAACUCUGGUUAACCAGAGUUUAGUUUCAUCUGCACGCAGGCUACCUCAGGGGCAGCCUGCAUAAACGAUUUUUAACAGAUAACUUUUUUAAACAGGUUGGCUUUUGCCGCUCAAAAAGAACUUAAUGCUGAAGACGCUGUCAAGUAUAUGUCCAAAUAUAGAUUGAAGUGUUGGAAAAUUCCAGAUGACAUGCCCACCACAUUUUGUGAAGGAGAGGGAACACUGUUCUUCAGUGAGUUGUUCUUCAAAUGGAAGGAUUCUGUUCCUACACAAAAAUGA